AUUAAAUUUACAUUAUAACACUCUUUUUACUACAAUCGACUAAAAAUGGCCGAUACCAUGCUAUCUCCUGAUAAUCACUUCUCUGAAAGUGAAAUUUUGAGGAGGAUGGAAGACGAACAUCUCAGACUACAGAGACAGGUGCGUGUAAUCCAGCAAAAUCGCAACGAUGAAAAGUCCGGAGUUCAUCCCCAGUUCCGUCGUUCUGAUGCGUUACUUAAGGUCCUCAAGGACGAGUAUAUCAGUCUCAAGAAAGAUCUGAAGAUAGCACGUUCGGGCCGCCAUAAGCAAAACGAAAGAGAAAUGAAAAGAGAGAUGAAAAGGUCGGUGCUACUGAUGAUGAAAACACAAAAAGAGGCUGACGAUGGAGUCACAUUAAUGGAACAAAUAGAGGACUUGCUAAGCAGAAAAAGCAAAGCAAUGUUGGAACUAAAAAAAGCUGUUACUACAAGUGUAGGAGAGCUGAACCGGAGGCGAUACCAAAGCGAGUUGCGUCUUCUGUCGACUGAGAACAGACUGGAGACAACGCAAAAGAGAUUCAACAGCGUGCAAAGCGAGAACCUUAAAAUUCGAGAAGAGAUUGAUAAUAUGCUUAAGGACAGAAACCUGUUCAACCAUUGCUGGAAGAAAAUGCUGACGGUCUUGGGCAAAGGGAAGAAAUUCCUCACUGAUCUCUUUGAGUCGUCAACGCUGGCUUACGACCAGAGAGAUGAGUGGUGCGGCAAGUUGAAGUCUCUACAGGAGAAGGGCAAAUUGGAUCAGAUGACUCAAAUACAGGAUUACACAGAAGAAGAGAGCAUAAAUAAAAUUGUUUUAGAUUUCAAGAAGAGGGAGCGAGAGAACUUCGCCAUAUACCAGCUGUUAGUGGAGUAUUGCGCCGAGAACGUAACACUGGCUAAGGAUUUGGAGAAAACUCGACAGGAGCUCGAUGAUCGCCGCGACUGGAACGAACAAUCAGAAAAUAAACGUGAGGAAGCAAUCAAGAAACUCAAUGACCAGCUUCACGACCAAACACAAAAGACCGAUAUGUUGAGGAAGCAGUCUACUGAACAAGAUCAGUUUUUGAACAAAAUCAUUAAACAGACUGACGAGAUGUUCAAAAUGCUGAAGUGCUCUCCAGAACCAUUUCAAAAUUUGCUUGGAGACAAGUCGCCUUCGCUGCAUCAAAGCAAUCUUACAUUGAAGCUCAUUACAGAAAAAAUCAAGGAAUAUGUAGAAACUGUAUACUUUUACGAGCGUCAUGUAAACAAGAGGUUGACAGACAGGGAUCCCGGCACAUCACGCCUGAAGACGUACACUAUCCACCCUGAUCUCCAGAAGACUUUCACUGCCGCGCCUAUCACCUUUCUGGUACCCGCUGAAACUUGUCCUGCAUGUGUCGAAGCACGCUGGCUAUCCAGAGUAAGCGAACACGAUGAAAAACCUUUCACAAAAGAGGACGCUUUAUCGGCAAUCAACGAGUUAUCAGAAGAUCCUUCUUAUCUGCGCAGUGAUAGAGUUCAUUGUAUUGUAGACUGCAGAGCUCCUAAGAGCAGAGUUUUGCUUGCUGGAAGAUAUGCUCAAAAGUAGGCGUACCACAGGGCUCUAUACUGUAGCUUGUUUUAUUUGUAUUAGAUUUAAGUUUUUUUCAUUAAGGUUCUGCUUUACUAAAGUAGAUAGAUACUUUACUUGACAUCAAUUAAUAAGUCGACCAUUAUACUACGAGAUACUGUAAAGCUAUUAACAGCAGAAUUUUAUUCUUGAGAGAUAUGCUAUAGAGUUCUACAGGGAUCAGUAUUAAUGCCUCCUUUAUAUAUUUUAUGUCUUAGCCAUAUUUUAUUCGUGGAAAGUUUUGGGAAUUGUAAUCCGACACAAAGUAUUUAUAAAAUCAAUCAUGUCACCUUUAAUUUGAAAAUAAAUAGUGUCUUA